CCCCCCCACCAACAUAGGUAACCUGGCCUCGAUUUGGGCCGCCGAUUCAUGACUCCAUCCCGAUGACUCGUACCCAUUUCGCUCUAUAAAGGCUGCCCCCUUCUCAUCCCAUCAUGAACCGUGCUGCCCCGGCCUUCUAUUUUCUUGCGGUGUUCCCGAUGUCUCUAUCGCCCACUACAGGAAUGAACAGGCUUUCUUUGGAGAGCAUGCCACUACAGUCAAGAUCCCACCGCCAGAUGGCCUCAUCACAGGACGAUCCUGUUGACCGGAGUACGGAGAGAGACUCGGAUGUGGAUGUGGACGAGGACGACGAAAGUGUCUCUGGCGACUCAAUGGAAGAACACCCGACGGUUGUCCGGUCCCCCACCGGGCUGAGGUACAAUAUCGGACACCUAUCUGAAGAGACACAGGAAGUCGUGAGGUCAUUGUUUGGCGAAAUAGUGGAAGAGCCCCUUGAUAUAACCCUGAAGUGGUGCGAUCGACUGAGCGACCAGGGAGGCAAUGAUGACUUCUACGCGUUUCAGAUGAGCGAGGUGGUUCCGCGUUCCGUCCGUAUCGGCUCUCCCCAGAGCAAAUACGGGGAGCCGGAAUGCCGAUGCGGCGCCAAACCGUGCAAACACCUCAUCUGGCUCUCGGACCUCAUAGCCAGCCAAGUCCUCUACAGCCACAACCCCGACAAGCCGCUGACCCUCAACGAGCGAGGAUAUGCCGAGGAGCUCGGCUCCCCCUUCAAGCGCAUCUCGGAGAUGCGCCUCGACGUCCUCGCCAGCAGUCUACACUGUGACGUGGGACACCCGGCAUCAAAACCACGACCAAGCACAUCCCGCAAGGCCGAGGCCCGCGAGAUACUCGCCUCGGUGGCCGAGGUGGACGAAUACGACCUCCCCAACUUCCGGCCCGACCUCCAGGAAGAUGACUUCGACCACACCUCGCUCAUCCACCGCUCAGAUUUCGAAGCCACCCUCUUCUCCCUCCUGCUCGCCUCCCACAGCCUCACCGCCUGGGUCCGCUCCCAGCUCCGGCCCUCCGACCUGCCCCGGGACCGCUUCCGCCUCAUCCACCAGCGCGUCCUCCGCGUCCUCUCCGACCUGGACGCCUACUCCGCCGCGAGCCGCGACCACCCCGCCACCCGCGCCUCGCCGGGAGGCGCCAACGCCGACGUCGAGGGCCCGCGGGACGUGGCCUGGGCCGCGCGGUCGAUCGAGCGAUGCGUCGAGGAGAUCCGCGUGGCCGUCGCCUCCGCGGCCCGGCGGCAGCACCGGCAGGAAGAUGGCGAUUCCUACGGCGACGGCGACGGCGAGUCCGCUCCGCUCGCGCCCUGGGAGCGCGCCAGCGCGGCCCGCGCGCUCGUCCGCAUCCUGCGCGCUGUGGCAGAGCGGAACACGGACGCGCACCGGGGGGCCACGCAGGACGACCGGAACCUCUACGCGCGGCUGGUCGGCAACCGCGACACGGGGUUCGUGCGGGCCGCUCUGGAGCUGCUCGUCGACCAGAACCAGUUCGUCGAGGAGCUCGAGGACAUACUCGAGCUGGUCGGCGCCAGCGGCGUCGUCACCGGCUGGUGGGCCGGCAUGAAGCGCGUCGUCGCGCGCAUGCGCAGCUGGAGGGGCACGGGCACGGGCAAGGGAACCGGCGCCGGCGCCGGCGCGGAUAGGUCGAGGAAGGGUAAGGCGCCGCUCGCCACCAUGCCUCCUCCGCCGCCGGGUUUCAGCAGAUCUUCGUCGGCGUCGUCCGCUCCCGCCGCGCGCGGGGACUGGGACGAGGGCGAGGCCCAGCGUACAUCUGCGCAGGGAGCGGCGUCGGCGGCGGCGGGUCCGUCGAGGGACGGCCGGGCCGGAUCUGCAGGAGGUGGGGCGGGUGGCAGCUCGCGCGGCGGCGCCGGCUCGAAGCGUUCCAGCGUCGACGCCGGAUCAGAUCGAGGUCCUAAGCGGGCGAGAUGAGGGUGGGGUGUGUGUGUGUUUCUUUCCCCGACCGCUGGGCGCUCCUUAAAACAAUUCAUCGCUCGCAGGGCUGGUUCUCUGACUGGAAGCGGCCCGUCUCUCUCUUGGUAGACACGAUGGGUUUUCAUUCUCUUGGUCCUAUAAUUUCACAUCUGGUCUUUGUUUUUAUUUUAAACGGUGAAUACCCGUCAGAGCUCGAUAGAGU